AUGUUGGAUUGGCACGAGUAUAGGCUCAAUUAUUGCAGUUGUUCCCAAUCCUCUUCUUCUUCUGGGCCUGGCUCCCUUGCUUUUCCCCAACUGCCCGGCGAGGAUGGCUUGGCCAACCAUCUGGAGACUGUGGAAGCGCAGAGAGAGAGUUUUACCAGCGAAACCGUAUGGACCGGCCAAGGGUUUGGACGGAACAUGUACAGUACUGCGCCAUGGCCAACCUACAAUUGGCCUGCCCAGACUCCCAAUUUAGUUUAUAAUCUACCACCAAAACACAUGCACAAUGUACAUACGUACCUGAGCGCAUAUACCCGAUGGGCGGGCUCAUUCGGCCAGUGUUGGCCGAGCAAAUCCGUCUGUCCCGACGACAGGCGGUGGGACUGGUGUGAUGCGACCUGGGCGGAUGUUGGGUUGCUGUUGGGGCUACUAGCGCUCGGGCAACUCACAGUCCAACGUCAAUGGGCCAGUGGUAGAGACAUUUCUGUGUUUGGUAGACUUGUGGGCGACUCCCGAUUCAUUUGUAUAAAUCACCCUCUCUGUAGGCCUAUGCGCCACAGCACAGUUACGCCUGGACACCCUUUACCACUUUUUCCCCUAUUGCCCACUCUUUCUCUGCCGUCAACUGUAGAGAAUCGUCCUGACUCGCGGCCAGCCGAACUGAAUCUUGAGUGCUGGUACCAAUACGAGGAGCUCCGGUACUUUCCGGAAGGAUUUUUUCCUCUUUGGGUGAAUGCAAACACUGCACUAUUGCAUAGUUUAUAA